AUGCCUGAUCAUGGUCAAAACUGUAUUACCCAGUAUGUUACGAAGACGGGCUCUGAUGAAAUCUUGGCCAACACCGUGUCUUUUGAGGAGAGCGUCCCCCUUCAGGGAAUCGCUUCAUACGUUCUCACUUAUAACUAUGAGGACAAAAACGGAGACACUGGUUCCAUAACGUAUGUUUGGCAGGGAAUAAACUCUUCCUCCGCCGCCGAGAAGGGUGCCGUGAAGAUGGGUCUAGAUGUCGCAGAAAAGCAGGAAGGUCUUUUUGUGUUGGUCAACCAUGGCCACGAGCCUCGCCACUUCUAUAAGAUAUUUAAAGGACAGUUGAUAACAUCCUACACGGCACUCCCGGUAGCUGCACAACUUUUCCGCAUACGAGGCACUGUAGAAAGCGAUGUGCAUGCCAAUGAGGUACCUGCUGAAAGUUUAACCUUGGCCUUGGCUUAUGUUACGAAGACGGGCUCUGAUGAAAUCUUGGCCAACACCGUGUCUUUUGAGGAGAGCGUCCCCCUUCAGGGAAUCGCUUCAUACGUUCUCACUUAUAACUAUGAGGACAAAAACGGAGACACUGGUUCCAUAACGUAUGUUUGGCAGGGAAUAAACUCUUCCUCCGCCGCCGAGAAGGGUGCCGUGAAGAUGGGUCUAGAUGUCGCAGAAAAGCAGGAAGGUCUUUUUGUGUUGGUCAACCAUGGCCACGAGCCUCGCCACUUCUAUAAGACAUUUACAGACUGUCUGUCCGUCUGUCUGUAUACACUUUCGAUCUACCUGUUCGUCUGCCGGCCUGUCUAUCACCGCAGUCUGUCCUCUACAAAGGUAAGCGACUCCAGUGGCAAACUGAAAGUCGAAGUAAUUAGCCAAAAAUCAUUAACCCAGAAUACACUUGACACGCACGAAUGCUUUAUCCUCGACACCGGUUCCGGAAUAUUCGUUUGGGUCGGAAAGGGCGCCUCUCAAAAGGAGAAGACUGAUGGCAAAAAAUACCCGGCCUGGACUCAAUUUCACCGCAUUGUAGAAGGCGCUGAGUCUGCACCAUUUACAGAUGUUGGAAUGGAGCAUAGUCGUCUCAUUAGCUCGGCUUUGGACAUCGGCUCUUAUGAAUCACUAGAUGUCAACCAAAUCGACGCUGUGGUGUCUCAGAUGAAGAAGAGAGGUCGGGCCUUCGGCUUCAUGCCUGAUCAUGGUCAAAACUGUAUUACCCAGUAUGUUACGAAGACGGGCUCUGAUGAAAUCUUGGCCAACACCGUGUCUUUUGAGGAGAGCGUCCCCAUUCAGGGAAUCGCUUCAUACGUUCUCACUUAUAACUAUGAGGACAAAAACGGAGACACUGGUUCCAUAACGUAUGUUUGGCAGGGAAUAAACUCUUCCUCCGCCGCCGAGAAGGGUGCCGUGAAGAUGGGUCUAGAUGUCGCAGAAAAGCAGGAAGGUCUUUUUGUGUUCGUCAACCAUGGCCACCAGCCUCGCCACUUCUAUAAGACAUUUACAGGUCAGUUGAUAACAUCCUACACGGUACUCCCGGUAGCUGCACAACUUUUCCGCAUACAAGGUACCUUAGAAAACGAUGUGCAUGCCAAUGAGGUUCCUGCUGAAAGUUUAACCUUGGCCUUGGCUCUGUAUAUUCAAGCGAAGCCCAAAGCGCGCUGA